AUGGAAGCCGUCGACUGGGAAAUUCUCGGCGUAGACCUUGACGACAUCGAGAUUCCAGACAACAACAUAAGCCACACACUCGCCGUUUUUGAGCAAUCUCCAGAGGUAUUCUCGGUGCCUUCGGACCACGACUUUGCGGACAUUGAUCUGGCCCCCAUCAAUUGGCCAAACGAGUCGGCCCCAAUAUUUGAUCGUUUCCCUGAAGCUUUUGACCACAAACUGGACGAAGAAGUGGCAAACAAGGAAUCGUGCGUCAUAUGUGAUCCCAGCGACCGUGUUUCCGUCUUUGGCCAGAUUCCUAAGCCUUCGGCUGUUGAUCCAACUCGCCUUCCAUAUUCUUGGAUGGUUCAGAAUCCAGGGCAAAUGGCUGAGAGUGAUUCCUCUCCCGAUGACAAGUUUUGCAGAAACACCUUUUUUCCACGAUACGUCGGCGCCUCGCCAGGCAGCCAGUUUGUCAGCAACAUUAACGCAGAAAAGCACAUGGAAGUGGAAUUCAAGCGUGGACUUUUGAGCCCCGCUGCCUACUUUUUCCGUGCUGUUAGCUUCUCAUGUAUCAUGGACCUCAAUAGCCGAGGAUUCAUCCACCCCACUCACUUCGCUGUCUUCAUCGGUCGGCUUUUCAAUGGCGACCCUCGCUUCCUGGAUGUCUUCAACAGGUUCUUCCUGCCCAGAGAACUGAAAAUUAUACCCGUAAUUCGAUGCGGUGUCGUUUACGAUUGUUUUCUUCAGCUGGGCCGCCAUCUCGACCAACAUCCAACUCACGCCCGCCAUCCUCAGUUCAAGAUGCUGGUCAAGGUCUUGCACCAUUUAAUGAUGAGAAGGGUACGCAACGAGAAGCUCCAGGACGAAAUUGUCGGGAAAUUGGUCAACACGUCGAACGGCCAAGAGUUCCAACCUACCCCUGCUGCUAAGACAGUCCUUCGCGGUCUGAAGUUGUCGCCCCGGUUCUUGAGCCAACUGAGCAGCUCUUGGCCUUUCAAGAACUACCCCUGGGAGGACGCAGAUGAACAAGGUCUCUACAGCACGCGGGGAGUCAACAGGAAGAAGUCCCCUGGUUCUCUGGACCCACGACUUCUCAUCGUCAGGGGCAGACACAGAGCUUGGGCUUGA